CGGUCACGUGACGAGGCAGCCGGUCCUCCGCCGCGGCCGAGCCAGCGAGACCAUGGCGGCUUUCGGGGCGCUGCGGCGAGCGUGGAUGACGGCGGGGGGGCUCCACGCACAGGUUCACAGGAUGUCCACCCCUCCGGGAUGGUGCCAAGCCAAAGCCCGCUUAGCUACUCCGCAGCAUUCUCGGAACUGUUACAUCGUGCUUUUCAGACCCGCAGUCCGACAUCAGAGCACCGCAGCGGCUGCAGGGACGCAGGUUGCUCAAGCCGCAGCAACUGCGCCGGUAGAGACAACCCUCCCCUUAGAGGAAAUUGGCCAAAUUGUGGAAGAAUCGACUUUGGCUGAAUUGGGUCUGGGAAGCUUCACUCCAGUGGGUCUGAUCAUGAAGAUCUUGGAGGCUUUGCACUUGGACGUGGGGCUGCCUUGGUGGGGAGCCAUUGUAGGAGGAACGAUCCUGGCCCGCACUUUGGUCUUCCCCAUCAUUGUAAAAUGCCAGCGACAGGCUGUGAUCCUCAACAACCACUAUCCCCAGAUGAGCGAGAUGAAUUCUAGAAUCAGCGACGCCAGGAAGUCGGGGAAUCAGAAAGAAUUUAUGAAGGCUUACACAGAAUUGAACCAGUAUCAGAAAGCCCAUAAUCUGAAUCCUAAAGUAGGAUUCCUCGCACCUUUGGUCCAGGCGCCCAUUUUCAUCUCCUUCUUCUUCGCCCUGCGCAAAAUGGCGGAGUGUCCCGUGCCCAGCAUGCAGACGGGGGGCCUGUUGUGGUUCACGGAUCUCACCGUCGCGGAUCCUUACUACACUCUACCACUGAUAACAACCGCCACAAUGUGGGCUGUUCUAGAGUUUGGGGCAGAAACGGGCGUCUCGAACCCGAGUUACCAUGUGAUGAAAACAGCGUUCCGGGUGAUGCCUCUCCUGCUGUUGCCGAUCACGAUCAACUUCCCAACGGCCGUCUUCACCUACUGGCUGACAUCCAACCUGUACUCGCUGGGACAAGUCUUGUUGUUACGCGUGCCGUCCGUACGCACUUUUUUACGCAUGCCGAAACAGGAUGUUCACAAGCCUGCGGCGGGACAGACGCAGAAAGGAUUAAUCGACAGCUGCAAAGAGGGGUGGGAUACCUUCCAGUCCAAAAGACGACUACAAGAACGACAGGACCGCAUCAAAAACCACUUGAUAUUAGCAGCAUCGGGGCCGUUGCGUCAGACCUUUGCCGAGAACCCUUUGAAGGAGGUGCAGCUCGAGGACAGCAAGCCGCCACCAAAAGAGCGACCCUGGGAAGAUACGUUAAUCUGAAGGACACAAGACACUACUCCAGUUCCGCUCUAGUUCCUUGUCCAUUCGUUCCUCCGUUCAUCCCUAAUAAAGAUAGUUUUUUUUUCCGCU